UAUUUCCACCAGAAUGACUGUGUGUCAAAAUUGUUCAGUCAGGGUUUCUUCAUAUUAGCUAAUACUUGUGGUUCCCUUUAAUGCUUCUUGUUUUACAUUGUUUGAACUUUCAUUUCCACUGGGCUGGGCAUCUGACUUCAAACUGUUUUCUCAUCAUUUGUGUCUGGAAACAGCAGAAAAGCAGCAAAUAGGAGAUAAUUCCAUUUAAACUAAUUCACCACAACAUUGAGAAGAUGAAGCUCUACCUUCUUUUCGGUAUCCACUGCUUGAUGGCUUGUGUAGUCUACAGUCAGCUGGACGGUCUUCCUGGUCCCAAAGGUGACAAAGGAGAUCCAGGAAUUGAAGGACCCAGGGGAGAACCUGGUCGUCCGGGAGUACCAGGAAUAAAAGGACUGCAGGGACCACCUGGAUUCCCUGGACCACGUGGACGACCUGGACCAGCUGCUUUCUGUGGACAAGAUGACUUUGCUUCAUUUGAAAUGGAAGUUGAAAAAUUAAAGGAGACCACUGCAAAGUUAGAGCUGGCUAUAAACUUUAAGUUUGUGCGGAAGGCUGGUCAGAAAUACUUUGUCUCCAACAAGGAUAAAGGUUCGUUCUUCAAGGCCGUUGAGUUCUGCUCCCAACAAGGCCUCGAGCUGGCUCUGCCCCAGAGUGAGGAGGAGAACAACAAGCUGAAGCAGCUGUUUCAUGAAGCUGAUAAAAGAGCCUGGAUCAAUGUCAAGAAUAAAAAAGCAGAGGGGAAUUUUGAGGCUGACAUGAACAGUCGACCUCUGACUUUUACCAAAUGGGGAGAAUCACAGCCAGAUAAAUCCAUCCAGGACACUGGCUGCUCCAUGUCAGAUAACGGCAUCUGGCGAGUGACACCUGACUGCUCUCUGAAUGCUUACAUCAUCUGUCAGCUGUAGAAAGCUCCCAUCUGCAACGCAGUCACUUUUUAUACCUUUGAUUUACUUUAUAUUAAUGACUUCAUUUCAGACUUGUUCAAAAUUACAUUUAGAAAAAAUGAAUUAAUGAAAAAACAAAAAAAAACAUAAUGUAAGCCGUACAAGUGCAGAAUCAUAAUCCUUUCUUUCUAACGCAUGCACUACAACAAAAUGUAUAUAUGCAAAGUAGUCUCACAUUUUCUGAUGUUCAAGAGUUCAUUUUUCAUAAAACAAGAAAACAAUAAAAAGAAUUUUACAAGCAGACGUCA